GUAAGCUCGCUCUUCCUCUUCCUCUGUCACUCCCACUCUCUACUCAAAUCGUCCUUUCUCUCCAAAUGCCUCAAUCAUCCGCAGAACCAAAGCAGUCUGCGGAAGAGAAGCCGGUGGAGAAAACAACUCUCCGACCUCAAUUCGGCGAAUGAAGACGGCCAAGAAAACCAAACCCACCAACAAACUCUGCUGCCGACGCAAGCGCACGACUCUCCCCAAGAUGACGACAAGGAACAAGCACUGAAGCUCUGCGAGAUUUGCGCGGACAGUAAGCAAUCGCACCAGAUUCUCGCCGUCGGAGCGUGCACCCACGCCGCCUACUGCACGGACUGCAUAUCCCGCCACGUGGCGGCCAAAAUCGGGCAGAGCGGCGCGGCGGCGACCGUGAUCACCUGCCCUGCUUCGGGGUGCGGGACCGCAAUCGAGCUCGAUUCCUGCCGCGGUGCUCUCCCCAAGGCGGUGAUCGACAAAUGGGAGGAGGCCCUGUGCCGGAACUCGAUCGGAGAGUCGCAGAGGUUCUACUGCCCCUUCAGGGACUGCUCGGCGAUGCUUGUGGCGGAGGCGGAAUCGAUCAGGGAGUCGGAGUGUCCGUACUGCCACAGGCUGUUCUGCGCGCAGUGUGGCGUGGCGUGGCACUCCGGCGUGGACUGCGAAGUGUUCCAGCGGCUGGGGCAGGACGAGCGAGGCAGGGAAGACAUUAUGGUGAUGGAGAUGGCGAAGAGCAACAAGUGGCGGCGGUGCCCGAACUGCAAAUUCUACGUCGAGAGGACGGAAGGCUGCCCUCACAUCACUUGCAGGGUGCAAGUAUGAAUUCUGCUAUGGGUGUGGAGAGAAGUGGAGCUCCAAUCACGGCGGGUGUACCAGGGACUGAUCGGGUCGGGCAGUGCAAUGGGCUAGAGUUAAAGAAGGUUAUGUUGGUUGGUUUGAUUUUCGGUUUACAAAGGACAUUAACAUUAUGUUUGAUUUGAAGAGGUUGUUUUGGGCUUGGCUUGGCUU